GCAGACACUCCUCCGAGACAACCCCGGCCUUCACAGACACCAAUUUCCCGCAAAGCAGGCCCUAAACUUCCACCUCCUUCUGAUGCUGAAGUUAUUUGCAUAUCUGACAGUGAUGACGACAAUGUUCCCGCUCCUCCGCCAGCGACUGCUGUCCUUCCCAUCCAAGAGCCCAGUCCUGCCUUGCCUUCGGUUAUCAUGGAAUCAGAAAAUGAAAUCAUGGUCGAUUUAGAACAUCAGGUUCCAGAAAAUUCGUACUAUGAACUGAUGGAGCCCGAGUCCAACUUUGACGAAGCACUAGCAAGAUCAGAACUCCAGCGUCAAACAGAGGAAUUGUUUUCGUAUAUUGAUUUGGAUCCCCCAGAACCAAAUUUCGCUGACCAAAUUACCAGUCUGAUUGCCCAUGAUGACUGCAACACUGCUCGGGACCCACAUGUUCCAGCUCCUGACAUGCCUACCAGUACCACUCUUCCAUCCUCAGAGAAAGCAAGUGGGACUUCUUCAAAUGACGCUGUUCCGGUCGAGAUAAUCCCUCACCGCAUUGUAGUCGACACUAUUUCCCAUGUAGAGUCUUCACCAAGCUCCAAAAUUCCAAUGGUUGCCGCAGAAGCUCCCUCCCAGACGCACGCUACCGUGCCCACCAUAGCUAAACCCUCGAUCAUGUGGAAUUAUACCCCUCCCACCACCAACCCGUUCUUCGCUAGGGCGCUUGCUUUCAACGCAAAGGCGUUGAAAAAACCUUUACCCUUAGUUGCUCAGGUAUCUAAUGAACCGAACGCAACUGCUUCUCCCGCUGCCCCAGCUGCUUCACCAGCUAUUGUUGGGUCGUCCAUAGCGAAGAUCCUGCCCGAGCCCUUGCUGGUCGAGCAGGCUUCUGACGCACCCACGGCGAGAAAUAACCCAGCCUCAUCACCCUCGCUCGAUCACUUGCUACCUUGUGACAGUGAUAGGAACGUUGUUUCACCCACUGUGGAUGAAGCUACGGUAGAGGCACCCCAACAGCUUCCACAAAUAGACUCUCGCGACGAUAUCAGGGCUUCUUCGACUCGCAGUGAUCAGCCUUCUACCCGUGAAUCUACUGCCAUGACGGUCCCUAUCUCCAUAUCGGACAUACCACCACCAGCAAUCGCCCUUCCCUCAUCCACCCCCCUCCCUGUCCCACCACGUGUGCAGCGGCCCAUUAAAGGACUCUCGCUUACUGAGUUGAUUAACAAGAGACGAGAGGAGCACUUCAGGUUACAUCCUUCUGGCGAAUACAUCGACCUCACCAACGAUGUGUCUCCUUCACGUGAUGGUAGUCAGGCGCCCGGUGUGUCCAAGCCUCAGGAAUCUGUCCAAUCUCUACAUACUAUAUCCCAAAAUCCAUCUUCAUUACCUGCCCCAGUCUCCGCCAGUCAGCCGGCACCGACUCUUGAGACCCGUACGCCGAGUAUACAAGAAAUUCGCGAUUUAAUGCGUCAGCGUCCGUUGAGCAGUAAACUCAGCAUGUCUUCAGCAGCCAGCAAUCCAAGCACCUCGUCUGUAGCAUCCGCCGCCAGCGCCCUCGUUCCCAACAUCUCUCCACCUCAUUCCAUUACAUCCAAUUCAACAUCAUCCAGCAACCAAAGCGGCUCGAAAUCUAGCUCGCGCAAGAAGACCCGCUCAAUGGGCAUGGCAAGCCUUGAAAUGUUCAUCUCACCCAUCCCGAACUGGUCCCAGUCCGCGUCGACGAAGAAGACGACGACACCUACUGUGAAGAGAACCUCAUGUAAUGCGGAUAUUUUUAGGCGCAUUAUUACGCCUACGGCAGAGAUAUCGAUGCGCAGUCCCUCGUUGUCUCCUUCUGAGGGUCGGAGAACCAGGCGUGUUGUUCGGCCAUCCAGUCCGCUAGGUGUUGGCGCUGGUGAUGUUGCCGUGCAACUUGAUGAUCAGUCUCAUGAACUGCCUGAACCACUUGAUGGUCCCAUAGUUACACCGUUUGCUAUCCCUGCAGAAGGAGAGAUGGAAGUCCAGAACACCUCUGCGCAUCAGGACGUUCCCCUAGAUGACGUAAUGGAUGACAUGAUUCCAUCGGAAGGCUUGCAGGGUGUCACUGAGAGCAUUGGAUCGCUGGAUUUACACGAACACGGUCGAUCCCCUGAAGUAGAUAUCAAUGUCAAUCAGUCGAUUCGCCUCUAGAGAGUGUAUGUAAAGACGGGUACCUUGAAGGCAUUCCGGUGUCUGCCGAAUUGAUGGAACACGAGGAGUUAGAGUCACUGGAGAUGCUGGUAGAUGACGUUUCGGCUGAGAGUGUGGAGGAAGCUUUGGUCACUGUUCAUGAGCGCCUCGAUGUUGACGAAGACGACGGUGGUGUAGGUAUGACAGG